GGUUUGAAAGCUGCAGCUGCGACUUCCAAUGAGGAGAACACUAUUCGCCUCAAAUUAUAUCAGUCAUAUGUAGUUUAACCAAUUCGUUGGUGGUUUACUAAAAUAUACAGUCUUUUAAACAGUAACACAAUAUCGUUAAGAACGAACUGGUAACGGUUUAUUUGUAAACAACAAAACCCGGAAGUAGUACAAAAAUAAUAAACAUCAAAGAACCACCAGACCGGAGUGCAUAUCCGGAACAUUGAUUGACCGCAGUUGGCGCUGCGUUGCAAUGAAGCCCCUUCAAAAUGCCAUGAAAAUGGCUAAAGUGGCUAUACAACUGGACGCGGGGAACCGACAAAAGGAAGCUUACUGUGAAUACUUGAGGAGUAUCAAUUUCAUCUCCCACGCACUUCUGGAGGAUGCUGAAUCGAGGAAGGAGGAGGAGAUGGUAGCAGUAGAGGUGGAAAAGAUGUUGAGGCUAGCUGAGCAGUGUUUGGAGAGAGUCAAGUCCCUCGUAGGAAAGAGAGAUGAACCCCCUACCCCUCCCUCUUCCACCACCACACCAACCAACUCAGCAGCACUCAGCCUGACCACAGCCUUAGCCCCAUCUGUUGCAGUAAACCCUGGAAAGAUUGUUUUGCCACAACCACAAGAGAAGAUUGACUCGGGGCCUAAAUAUAACCCCAGGCCUGGACACCGCAGAGUUCUCUCUGAGGGUGGAGGGGUGGUCUCCCUCUUCCUGCCCCCAGAAGUCUUCCAGAGGUUGCAGACAGUGGAGUCACAGGACACCAGGAAGGAGCUUACACCCAUAGAGGAGGCAUCACGGUUGAACCAGAAGUUGAAAGCAAAUUGUGAAGCUCGUCUGGCCCGACUGCCCCCUGCUCAGGCCCGUACACAGAAGACUUCUCUGACUCUCUCUCUUCAGAGGCAGAUGAUGGAGAACCUGAUUAUUGCCAAGGCCAGGCAAGAUGCACUCCAAAGGAAGAUGGAGGAAAGGAGACUGAGGCUGCAGGAGGAGGCCAACAGGAGGUUUGCUGCGUCUGGAACAAUUAAUGGAGAAGAACAGGAACAACGUGUUCUGUACACAAAUAUUUUGGAAUAUGAACAAGAUCAUGACUGGCCCAAGCUUUGGAAAGCGAAACUCAAGAAAAAUCCUGAUGAUGCCACCUUGGUCACCGGCCUUGUUUCAUGUCUUCUCAGCUGUCCAGACCACCCUGUGAUUAAGCUACUGAAAAGGCUCCAGUACAGAGUUUACAACAGGCUUUAUCCAAUCGUGAGCAAGAGUCUACCUGCAAGUCCUGCCCUGCCCAUGAAACCCUCCCGCAGCACUCAGAGCUUGUUGAUCUCAGACUCUCAUCAGAACGUUUCAAAAUCUGGCACAGGUCUGUCCUCCGAUGCCUCUCUCAAUAUCUCCUCCUCCCAUGACCAUAAUGCCAACGAGGCAGAGUUGGAUAGUGAUGGGCCCCAUACUCUGGACAGGGAGAAUUUGUUUGAGGAUAUGGAGCAGUUCCUGACACAGAUGGACCGGGACCCCUCUCAUAGGGACCCUGACAUGAUCUUUGAACCAUCACAGUUAAAUCAGGAGUUCCUCGUUCAGGACUUGGAGAUGCAUGCUCUCAAAAAGCACCUGAAGGCUAUAGUGAAGGACAUCCAUAUUGCCAUUGAUCAACUGCUGUCUCUGUGUCUGCUCUCAUUUGAGUGUCUGAACACAGCCAAUUCUAAGGACCUGUGUGUGGCCAGCAUAGAGGAAGCCUUCUUCACUCCCAUCUGGAGCCCUCUGUUGACCCUCUUCAGGAAGGUCCACAGAGAGCGGGAGCUGUCCUUUGAGUCCAGUAUGAGGCUGUAUCAGGACGCCUCACCUGGUGACGUUGGUGUCGCAUCGAAACUGUACCCCCAAGACCAUGUUGUGCUGCAUGGUUCCUACCCCUAUGAAUCAGCAGUGCAGGAGCUUCGCUUGCUGUGCAGAGAUUGCUGUCCCCAGAAAAAGCUGGAGUGCAUUGUUCGGACAUUGCGUCUGAUCUGUGCUUGUGCUGAGGACUACUGCUGCCUUCAUGAGGCGGAUUCCAAAACAGCAGCUAUUGGGGCAGAUGACUUGUUGCCCAUCCUCUCCUAUGUGGCUCUGCACUGUGAGCUGCCUCAGCUGGUGUCAGAGUGUGCUGCCCUGGAGGAGUUCAUUCAUGAAGGGUAUCUGAUUGGAGAGGAGGGCUACUGCUUGACAUCUAUGCAAAGUGCUCUGCAAUAUGUGGAGUCAUUGCACACAGGAGGUUUUCAGUUGCACAACACUAAAUCGGCCUGAUACAGGGUGCUGCUUUGAAAUGGAAACCUGUAUUUCCCCUUGUUGCAGUGCUCUGGAGUGACAGUGCCUGUUAGCUGCAGACUGGACCACCAUUCAACUUAAUUCAGAUAUUCUGCGCAAGAAAGGAUCCUAUACUUCGGCUUUCAAAUACAUUUUCUUUUUUUUAAAGUGCUCCCUAUUGAACUGUAGUUUCUAUGCAACAAUGGUUCUGAUGGGCUGGACAUGAUUUCCAAGUUCUGCUUGUGUUCAGCCAAGUGAUUUGACAUGGCCUGUUGACUGGUACUUGGACUAGUUGCAAUGUGGUAUGGUCUGGAUGGACUACAGCGUCUGUGGUUAUGAGUCCCCUUAUUUGAGGGGCAUUUAGGUCAAGUGCUUGAAGCUUUGUCAUAAGUCACUGAAGUCUAGAAAAUAUUUUCUUGCUAUUGUCCAAUAUUGCUAAUUUUAAAUGCUUUCAUUUAUGAACUGACCCUGUCAUUUAAUUGAGUUCAUGUCUGAAAAAGCACUAUUUACCACCACAGAGCAAAAUGUGUGUAUUUUUGAAACUCUAAAAAAGCAUGGAUUGAUAAAUGAUUGUGGAGAUGCUUACAGUAUAUUAUGAUAAAUGAUUCUUAUUUUAGGAGAGGAGGUGGAAAUGAAGACCCGUAUGCCUUUAGAUGUAUUUAGAUUCUAGUUUCAUUUUAAUCCUUGCAUUCAGGAGAUGUUUUAGGAUCAUUCUGAAGAAAAUAACUAGGUUGGUAUUUAUUGUGCUACCUGGGAAUGUGUGUGCGUGCAAUAAUGUGUGGGAUCAAUUCCUCUGUGUAAAAGUACAUGCACAAUUGAGAUAUGGGGACCCCAUGUGACCAUGAUUAAAACAAAUUUACUGUUGAAAUUAGUUGGUAAUAACUUGUUGGCAGAUAUUUAGAAGUAAUCUUUUGUAUUUUGUGCACUUGGGUGGAUGGUGUUAUAGAGGGGAUUCACAAGGGAGGGGGGGGGUGUUAUUUGCUCUUUAGGAGCAUCUUAGAACAGAAAUUGAUAAUACUUACAUUUUAAUUUAAUUAUAACUUUUGCACUUUAGGUUUGUCCCACUUCUGAAAUCCCCAUCACAAAAUCACUGUAAUAGUGUGCGCGCAAGAUAUGGAAGGCAUUUUGACAUGUUUUCACAACAAUAGUGUUUUAUACUUACAGAAUUUAACAUGAAUUUAUCAUGAACUGGUGUUAUUACAGUAUAACGUUGAGGCAUGUUAAUUAAAGAGUUUUAUAAAAUUUUAUUUG